AUGGCUCUUAAGAAUAUCUUUGAAGAUUUGCUGAGAUGUAAAUCGUUGAAAAUACGAUACUUCUUCUUAUGGGUGUCUGCCAUGGGAGGAUUUCUGUUCACCUUUACAGGGACAAGAAGACGACCAGAACUUCCGAAUAUAAUAGGUGACACUCUACAACUGAACGAGUACCGCAGUAAUAUUCAUUUUCCGCGAAGCGUUUUAUCCGAACCCAGUCCAAUGGAACUGCUUCAUCUCAAAGAUUUUAAAUUUGUUUAUAAUUCAACAAAAAUAUGUAGAGAAAAACCUCCGUUUAUUCUAGUUUUAGUUCAUACAGCUCCGAAUCACUUCAUACAUCGAAAACUAAUUCGAAACACGUGGGGAUCAAUACGUCAUAUCCAUAACGUAACAAUUAGUAUCGGUUUUCUUCUAGGUGAAACGGACCAAAGACUGCAGUCAAGAAUACGUCAAGAAAAGGAUCAACAUCAUGACAUCAUUCAGGGUUCCUUUGUUGACUCCUACCGAAACUUGUCUUUAAAACAUAUCAUGGGCUAUAAGUGGGCCACGGAGUUUUGUCCAAAAGCUACAUUUAUUCUUAAGUUGGAUGACGAUGUUUAUGUUGAUACUUUUCAGAUCGUAAGGUUCCUACUUUUUACUUUCGGUCGAAGUCCUACUAGUGUAUUAGCUUGUUCGGUGGUAUCUGCGGGAACUCUUCCCCACCGCAACGGUAAGUGGGGCGUUACAAGGAAGGAAUUCAGUUUUGACACCUACCCGGAAUAUUGUUCUGGAAUGGGGUACUUUGUGACAUUGGAUAUUGCCAGAGAUAUCCUAGCCGCUUCCAAAAGACUCCCGUUCUUCUGGGUUGAUGAUAUAUUUGUGACGGGUAUAGUGGCAGAAGCACUGGACUUGUCAAGACUACCCAUCAAUGCUCACACUUCGGACAGGCCAGAAGAUAUGAUUAACUGGUUAAAACAAGGGAAAGGACCCAGUCCAUACAUCUAUAUAACUUGGAUGUGUUACACAAUGAUUAUGUACAACGAUAGUGAGGCUGAAAGGAACAUUGAUGAAAGAUCUGAUCUACAGCUGUGUCGAGAAUUGUGA